AAAGAACUUCCAGUUUGUAAUGCUUGUGAUGAGUCUGUUUGGAACAGUACUCGCGUGGGUCUACCCGUGGAUCAAUUGUUUCGCACUCAUGGGUUUAGGAGUUCCGGCCUUUGUCUUCCUUGCGCUCGAACUCAAAGCGUGUCGUAACGCGAGAGUCAAACGGUUAGGUAUGCGGUGUUUCUUGUGUUGGAUCUUCGCUUUGUUCAGUUGGAUAUUCGACCGAAUGUUUUGCGACAUUUGGUCGGCCAUUAACUUUCCAUACCUUCACGGCUUAUGGCAUAUAUUGAUAGCGAUUACUUCGUAUACGGUUUGCGUGUUAUUCGCGUAUUUCGACGCAAUCAAUGAACACGAAGAAAAACAGCCAACAAUC